GUUUUUAAUGCGAAAACAGCAGAGCUCUUGAGUCACCAUCAAGUUGAGAUAGAGCAGAAAUUCCCUAGAGAAGGAUGGGUGGAACAAGAUCCAAAGGAAAUAUUAAAGUCUGUCCAUGAAUGUGUGGAAAGGACCUGUGAGAAACUGCAACAAUUGAACAUAGACAUCACUAAUAUUAAAGCCAUUGGAGUCAGCAAUCAGAGAGAAACAACAGUGGUUUGGGACAAGACAACUGGAGAACCUCUUUAUAAUGCUAUUGUGUGGCUUGACCUGAGAACCCAGUCAACAGUUGAACGGCUUCUUAAAAGAAUUCCAGGAAAAAACAAAGCCUAUUUUAAGGGUAGGACUGGUCUUCCACUUAGCACUUAUUUUAGUGCAGUGAAACUUCGAUGGCUUUUGGAUAAUGUGGAAGAGAUUAAGCAAGCAGUUGAUGAUGGAAGAGCUAUGUUUGGAACUAUUGAUUCAUGGCUUAUAUGGAGUUUGACAGGUGGAAAGAAUGGAGGCGUUCACUGUACAGAUGUAACCAAUGCCAGCAGAACAAUGUUGUUCAACAUUCAUUCCUUGGAAUGGGAUCUUGAGCUCUGCCAGUUCUUUGAUAUUCCUAUGGAAAUACUUCCAAAAGUACGAAGCUCCUCUGAGAUUUAUGGCCUGAUGAAAAUCUGUCCUAGCCUGAAAUCUGGAGCUUUGACAGGUGUACCAAUUUCUGGGUGCUUGGGUGACCAGUCUGCUGCUCUUGUUGGGCAAAUGUGUUUCCAAGAUGGGCAGGCAAAAAAUACGUAUGGAACAGGAUGUUUCUUGCUGUGCAAUACAGGUCAGAAGUCUGUGUUUUCUGAGCAUGGUCUUCUAACCACAAUAGCUUACAAACUGGGCAGAGACAAACCUGUUUGUUAUGCACUAGAGGGAUCUGUUGCAAUAGCUGGUGCUGUUGUUCGCUGGCUGAGGGACAAUCUAGGUAUCGUUAAGACUUCACAGGAAGUUGAAAAACUGGCCGCAGAAGUGGGGACUUCUUAUGGCUGCUACUUUGUGCCAGCAUUUUCAGGACUGUAUGCACCAUACUGGGAACCCAGUGCAAGGGGUAUUAUCUGUGGCCUUACUCAGUUUACAAAUAAAAACCACAUCGCCUUUGCUGCAUUAGAAGCGGUCUGCUUUCAAACACGAGAGAUUUUAGAUGCCAUGAACAAGGACUGUGGGAUACCAUUAAAUCAGUUACAAGUAGACGGAGGAAUGACCAAUAACAAAGUCCUCAUGCAACUCCAAUCAGACAUUCUCUGUAUUCCAGUAGUAAAGCCAUCAAUGCCUGAAACAACAGCUCUAGGAGCUGCUAUGGCAGCAGGAGCUGCCGAAGGAGUUGGAAUUUGGAGUCUGAAUCCUGGAGAUCUGACAGCAGUGACAUGUGAACGAUUUGAACCACAGAUCAACCCGGAGGAAAGUGAACUUCGCUAUGCCAGAUGGAAGAAAGCUGUGGUGAAAUCUAUGGGCUGGGAGACAUCUGAAGCUCCUUCAAAUGGUACUGGUAAAUGAGACUACUUAGUGGACUCCCUGGACACAGCUGAUUUUUUUUGUUUGGUUUUGUUUUGUUGUCUGAAGAGAUUCCACCACCAAUGUGAUUAUACUACUUUUGUGACUAAAUCCAUUCAUGA